UAAAAAUGAACUUUAAAUAUCGGAACCAACUUUCACUGCAUCUGUUUUAAUUGAGCGUGAAAUGAUCUGUCAAUAACCGGGCCCCAAACAAAUGGAUUCUCUAAGAUAAAGUGGGCUUCUCUAAGAUAGCUUCAGAAGAGGCGCCUAGUGUUAGAAGACAUUGUAGAAUUGAAUGGCUAUGUACUACUACGCAAGCAAACUGAAUGAGGCGUCAUGUAGCGGGUGCUCGGUGAAGGUGCCUCCUGUCAGCGAGCCCGCAACCUCCUCAACAGACCUUGUACCCCUCACUGCUAACCCCACGUUAUUACACGGCUCUGGGUUGUCAUACUAUGAUAAUGAUGAUUACUACUCAAUGGUGAGAGGCAACAAACUGAUGUCAGAGUCAACCUGCAAGCACAUGGUCAUGAAUGGAGGACUCGGAUUUAUUUCUGCACAGAAAGUGGAGCCUGGACAGAACCAGGGUAACGGUGGCGUUAGUGUGAGCAUGGGUGUGGGUGUGGGCGUUGGUGUGAGCGUGGGCGUGGGCGAGGAGGUGGAGUACCGCGACGGGCAGCUGAUGAGCGCCAGUCUGGAGGCGCUGGUGGACAUGCUGCGGCCGGGUGCGCCGCCCUCCUACACAUUUACAUUCCUGCUGUGCUCACGCCUCUUCCUCAAGCCACAUGAGCUGCUAGCCAAACUUUGCAAGAGAUAUUUCAAGAAUUACGACAAACCUGGCAAAGUGGAGGAGAGCAAGGAGUGCCCGGAGAAGGAGCUGGCGGACAUGGGCGCGCUAGUACGUGUGCUCACCCAGUGGACCGGCAUGUUCCCCUAUGACUUCCGCGACGACCGCGUCAUGGCGCUCGUCAGGACUAUCACACAGAGAUGCGCGACGGAGCAGAUGGCGGGCGUGAGGGCGGAGGUGUCUCGCACCCUGGAGCGCCUGCUGGACCGGCUCACCGCGCUGGAGCAGUACGAGCAGUCGCUGCCGGAGCCCGCGCCACUAUGCACAGUUGAACAACUGCCACAGGGCGACAUCCUCACACUAGGCCUGUCACCUGUGGAACUGGCACGUCAGCUGACCGCAGUGGAAUUGUACCGGCUGUCGUUUGUGGGCCCCGAAGAGUUCCUGCAGGCCUUCGCCCCACCAGCCACCAAAACACCCGCCGCGCCAAAGACCACACGCAACCUGGAGGCGUACGCAGACUGGUUCAACCGACUCAGCUAUCUCGUCGCUACUGAUAUUGUUAAGCCAGUGAAGAGCAAGCAGCGAGCGCGUCUGCUGGAGCAGUGGGUGACGACGGCCCGCGAGUGCUUCAACCUCGGCAACUUCAACUCCCUCAUGGCCAUCAUCAGCGCCCUCAACAUGGCACCCAUCGCCAGGCUCAAGAAGACGUGGAGUCGCGCGUCCGCAGUGUGCGGCCAGCAGCUGCGCCAGCUGGAGCUGUGCGUCGAGCCCGGCGGCAACCACGCCAGGUACCGCGCGGCGCUGGCGGCGGCGCCGGGCGAGACGGCGGUGCCUCUCCUCUCAGUCACCUGUCGUGACCUGCACUUCGCGCACCAGUCCGCGCCCACAAGAGUGGCAGGCGGGCGCGUCAACUUUGAGAAGUGCUGCGCGCUGGCGCGUCCCGUGCGCGCACAGCUGGCGGCGCGCCGGCUGGGCGAGGCUCACGGCACGCCGCACCGCCCUGCACACGCUGUUAACGCCCACGUCACGCACACUCCCACCUGGCGCUUCUUCGUCGACAGACCCGCGCUCUCCGAAACAGCGCUGGAGCUGGUGUCAUUCGAGCGCGAGCCCCCCGCCGACCAUCUGGAGAAGGAGCGACUGAAGCGCCUCAAGGGGGCAGCCCCCUAACUCUCGCCCCCCCUUGUGCGACACGUCAUACGUAUGUUCCGCAACAUCUAGCUCUACCCCGGAGAGCUGUGGCGAGACACGGCGCGCCUGGCGCACAACGACGUGCCCUGGACCGUGCACGAGUAAAUGCUCGUGUUCACACGGAGUAAACCUCACUUGCAAUAAAACGUUAUUGGACCAUGCUUCACACACUUUCCUUUAUCAGUAUUAUGUGUUUGAGUGUGUGCGGCUGGCCUGCGAGUGAAGUUUCCUGCGCCCCUGUCUGCAGCAGCUCUCUGGUAAAAGAAGAAGGCGUCGCCCCCGCUACGCCCGCCCACGUCCGCCCCGCCCCCAGCAGAAAGAAAUGCCACAGUGCGCUCUCUGAUGAAGUAUUAUGGCUGUGCUUUGAUUUUGUAUAAUAUUUAGAAACAAAUGGAAGCGGAGGCGGUUUGAAUUGUAUAUAUGAGAGGCGAGCGAAAGCGGCGCGCGACCCACCGACCAACAAAUAGACUAUUCAAUCCAGUGAAAUGUUUGAACUGCAUCAAAGACUAAUAAAUAAAUGUGAUUAUAAUACGAUCUGUUUGUGAAUAUCGAGCCAUGUAAGUGUGCUAUAGUUGUGGAGUCAUAGCGCGUAUUCGCUUUGACUUAUUUUAUUUUGGAAAUAUUCAACUAAUUAUAAAUGUCUAGUCUGUUGGUUUAAAAAUAUAUUUACGAGAGCACGGCAUGUCAGCUACAUUGUGCAAAGAUAUAUCUUGCUAUUCUAGCACUUUGAUAACAUGAAGUGAUUUAGUACAAUUUCUUAACAAGAAAUAAAUACUUACGAUGUUAUAAAAUAGUAUGUGUUCUCGUGAAUUUUGCCAUAAAUAUUUAGAUCUCAAAGCGAAUGUCAUAGUAUUAAUAAAAUCAGUGUUUUAAUUGUAAUGAGUCGAAUUUGUACAUAUUAGCUACUAUGCAUACACAAUAACUUAAUACCUUGUGCCAUUGAAAUAAAAUUGUGCUCUCGUUUUAUUAGAAAUUAGUCUACGUACAUCAUACAAAGAUGGUAUUACGUCAUAGAUAUCAGAUCUUAUGUUAUUGUGUGUGAUUAGUAUAUUGAUGUUGUAAUUCUCAUUUUUGCUCAAUUCUUUUUCUAAUAGUUGCAUGAAUUCAACAUUUUUCUUGCCGAUGACUACAUUUCUAUGGCAUUCUUGUCACAAAUGUAUUUACAAUUGUAUGACAAGUAAUGUUUAAUUCAAAACUAGUCUUGCCCCAGUCCCAUUGGCAUCAAGUGUAGCCACUGUAAACCUCCAUACAUAAAUUCCCUAAUAAUUGUAUAUAUAAUUAGAUUUUAAUGUAACUCAUUUAAAUAAUGAA